AUGGGUUCCAAUAGUCCCUCGAGUUACACUAGAUCCUUCACCUACCUCAUGAACCAAACUGAUACACCUCAAACACCUUCGUUCUCUACCCAAUCACCUUCGUUUAGCACCCAAACACCUCUCUUUGGUACCCAAACUCCUCUGUUUAGCACCCAAACACCUCUCUUUGGUGACCAAAGUCCUCUCUUUAGUAGCCAAACUAGUUAUUCAGCAGAUGAAGCUGAUGGUGUAGAUGAGAGCUCACCAUUGAGUUCACGGGAAGCGAGAAGACGAUGGUCAAACGCAGAAGAUGGGGCGCUGGUUACUGCGUGGUUAAACACCAGCAAAGAUGGCGUCAUUGCAACUGAACUGAAAGCUUCUGCGUUUUGGAAAAGGGUUUGCAACUACUACCACGGGUGUACUGCGGUGAAGGAUUUACCGCCACGCGAGUGGAAUUCUUGCAAGAAGAGAUGGACGAAAGUAAACAAGGAAGUGCAGAAGUUUUGCGGAUGCUUUGACCAGGCGAGGCGUCAAGCUACAAGCGGCCAAUCCGAUGAUGAUGUGUACCAGAUGGCUUACAAGUUCUAUAACCAGGAUAUGAAGACCAACUUCAUCUUAGAGCAUGCGUGGAGAGCUCUUAGAAACGAUCAGAAGUGGUGUUCUCUUUAUAGAGAUAAAGGCAAAACUCAGACCAAAAGAUCACAGCCAGCUGGUUCCGUAGACGGCGGUGCCAUGGAGGAACAAGUCGAAGAGAGACCAAUUGGUGUGAAGGCAGCAAAGGCUGCAAAGGUCAAGGCAACUAAGACGGGGAAGAGAACCACCGAAGAGAGGGAGGCUGCUAUGACUAACCUCCAAUCCGUAGCUGCUCUAAGUGACAAGCAGUUCGCUAACAAGCACACAUUAGCGGAUAAACAUGUCCUAGCUAGUCUCUUAGGAAGAACGGAACCACUAAAUGACAUAGAGAAAGCGCUGAAGGAUAAGCUAAUUAAUCAUAAUUCGUUGCAUUUGAAAUCUCAUAUUGUACUUCUCUGGAUCCCUUGUUCUGAUCACACAGUGAACAUAAUCUCAUCUGCUUUCUCCUCUGCUUACAUUGGCGACCUACUUGAGGUGUACAACUCGGAGAAGCGCCGGUUAGACUUGCUCAAACUCAAACACAACCAUGUUCAGAAGGCAUUCAUGGUGUCUUACGAGAGGUUUAGGGCUCUUCAUCGUCACACAAUUCAGCUGAGGGAAGAUAUGGCCGCCUGUGAGAGGGAAUUGAUGGAUGCAGAACAAGGUUCUUUGGACUGUGGAAAUGCUUCCCGUGAGUCCGAUAGAGAGAUGGCGGAAUGUAUUGAGCGUCUUAAAGACACCUCUGCGAAGAUGGGAGAGAAGUGGGAAGUGGUGAAGGAAUCCUUACUCUUAGCCUUAGAUGAUGAGUUUGAAAACAUGGAAGAGUGUUUAGAUGAUAUAAAUGAAGUUCUUGAGCCAGAGAAGAGAAGAAAGAAACGAGCGGUAGAUCGAGAACGUGAAGAAGGAAACAUCCGCUUGAUCAAUGAUUAUUUCAGUGAGAAUGCUAUCUAUCCCGAGGCCAUAUUCCGACGUCGCUUUCGGAUGAACCGACCAUUGUUCAUGCGCAUAGUUAACAAGCUAUCCGACUUACUUCUUUCAGCACAUACCGGAUGGUACUGGAAGAUGGGUCUGACCGGCUUACAAAAAUGCACGGCCGCCAUUCGUAUGCUGCAUAUGGCAAUGCAGCUGAUGCAGUCGAUGAAUACCUCAGACUAG